AUGGCGGCCGCGCUGCUGCUGGGCCUGGCGCUGCUGGCGCCGCGGGCGGCGGGCGCGGGGAUGGGCAUGGGCACGGGGACGGGCGCGGGGACAGGAGUGGGGACAGACGCGGGGACGGGCGCGGGCAUGGGCGCCUGUUACGACGGCGCGGGGCGGCCGCGGCGCUGCCUGCCCGGGUUCGAGAACGCGGCGUUCGGGCGCCUCGCCGAGGCCUCGCACACGUGCGGGCGGCCCCCCGAGGACUUCUGCCCGCACCGGGGCGCGCCGGGCGGCGCCGGGCCGCAGUGCCAGCGUUGCGACGCCGCCGACCCCCGGCGCCACCACAACGCCUCCUACCUCACCGACUUCCACAGCCAGGACGACAGCACCUGGUGGCAGAGCCCGUCCAUGGCCUUCGGGGUGCAGCACCCCACCUCCGUCAACAUCACCCUGCGCCUGGGGAAAGCUUACGAGAUCUCCUACGUGCGCCUCAAGUUCCACACCAGCCGCCCCGAGAGCUUUGCCAUCUACAAGCGCAGCCGGGCGGGCGGCCCCUGGGAACCCUUCCAGUUCUACAGCGCCUCCUGCGGGCGGACGUACGGCCGGCCCGACGGCCUGCAGCUGCGGCCCGGCCAGGAGGAGCGUGUGGCCUUCUGCACCUCCGAGUUCAGCGACAUCUCCCCGCUGAGCGGCGGCAACGUGGCCUUCUCCACGCUGGAGGGCCGGCCCAGCGCCUACCGCUUCGAGGAGAGCCCCGCGCUGCAGGAGUGGGUCACCAGCACCGAGCUCCUCAUCUCCCUCGACCGGCUCAACACGUUCGGGGACGACAUCUUCAAGGACCCCAAGGUGCUGCAGUCCUACUACUACGCCGUGUCCGACUUCUCCGUGGGCGGCAGGUGCAAGUGCAACGGGCACGCCAGCGAGUGCGGCCCGGACGCCGAGGGCCAGCUGGUGUGCCGGUGCCAGCACAACACCACGGGCGCGGACUGCGAGCGCUGCCUGCCCUUCUUCCAGGACCGCCCGUGGGCGCGGGGCACGGCCGAGGCCGCCAACGAGUGUCUGCCCUGCGACUGCAGCGGCCGCUCGGAUCAGUGCACGUUCGACCUGGAGCUUUACCGCAGCACGGGCCACGGCGGCCGCUGCCUGCGCUGCCGGGACCACACGGCCGGACCGCACUGCCAGCUCUGCCGGGAGAACUUCUACCGCUGGGAGCCCCGGGCGCCCUGCCAGCCCUGCGACUGCCACCCGGCCGGCUCCCUGCGCCUGCAGUGCGACGGCUCGGGCACCUGCCCCUGCAAGGCCACCGUGACGGGCUGGAAGUGUGACCGCUGCCGGCCCGGGUUCCACUCGCUCAGCGAGGGCGGCUGCAGGCCCUGCACCUGCAAUCCCGCCGGCAGCCGGGGCACCUGUGACCCCCGCAGCGGGCGCUGCCCCUGCAGGGAGAACGUGGAAGGCGGCCUGUGUGACAGAUGUCGCCCGGGGACCUUUAACCUCCAGCCCCACAACCCAGCCGGCUGCAGCAGCUGCUUCUGCUACGGCCACUCCAAGGUGUGUGCGGCCGCCGCCGGCUUCCGGGCCCACCACGUCCUCUCCGACUUCUGCCUGGGAGCCGAUGGCUGGCGGGCCGGCCGCGCGGGGGACACGGGGCGGCCCGCACGAUGGAGCCCCAGGGGGCUCCCCCUGCACCCCGAGGCGGAGGAGCUCACAGCACCAGCCAAGUUCCUGGGCGACCAGCGGUUCAGCUACGGGCAGCCCCUCACCCUGACCUUCCGGGUCCCUCCCGGGGGCUCCCCGCCUCCCGUGCAGCUGAGGCUGGAGGGGGGCGGCCUGGCCCUGACGCUGCCCCCCUCCCGCCCGCCGGGCCCCCGGGACGCCGCGCCGCCCGGAGAGGUGCAGCUCACGUUCCAGCUGCAGGAGACCUCGGAGGACGCCGACCCCCCGCUGCCCGCCUUCCACUUCCAGCGGCUGCUCGCCAACCUGACCGCCCUGCGCCUGCGGACCCGCCCCGGCCCAUCCGGCCAAGUGCUCCUGAGUGAGGUGCGGCUCCUGUCGGCCCAGCGGGGCCUCUCGCCCCCAGCCUCCUGGGUGGAGAUGUGCUCCUGCCCCAGGGGGUACGUGGGCCAGUUCUGUGAAGCCUGUGCCCCGGGAUACAAGAGGGAGACACCCCUGGGGGGGCCCUAUGCCAGCUGCGUCCCCUGCACCUGCAACCAGCACGGCACCUGCGACCCCGACACCGGGAUCUGCCAGUGCGGCCACCACACCGAGGGCCCGUCCUGUGAGCGCUGCCUGCCAGGUUUCUAUGGCAACCCCUUCGAGGGCCGGGCCGACGCCUGUCAGCCUUGCCCGUGCCCUGGAGGGUCGCCCUGCACGACCCUCCCGGAGAGCAGGGAGGUGGUGUGCACCCACUGUCCCCCCGGUCAGAGAGGACGGCGCUGUGAGGCCUGCGACGAUGGCUUCUUUGGGGACCCGCUGGGGCUCUCUGGGGACCCCCAGCCCUGCCAGCGGUGCCAGUGCAGCGGGAACGUGGACCCCAACGCCGUGGGCAACUGCGACCCGCUGUCCGGCCACUGCCUGCGCUGCCUGUUCAACACGACGGGCGCCCGCUGCGAGCACUGCCAGGAGGGCUUCUACGGCAGUGCGCUGGCCCCGCGGCCCGCCAACAAGUGUGUGGCCUGCAGCUGCCACCCCGGGGGCUCCGUCAGCGCGCGGAGACCCUGCGACCCGGUGAGCGGCCAGUGCGCCUGCCUGCCUCACGUGACCGGACGGGACUGCGGCCGCUGCAGCCCGGGCUUCUACGACCUCCAGCCCGGGAGGGGCUGCCGGAGCUGUACGUGCCACCCGCUGGGCUCCCAGGAGAACCAGUGCCACCCCGAGACGGGGCAGUGCCCCUGCCGCCCGGGCGUCGAGGGCCAGGCCUGCGACCGAUGCCAGCGGGGCUUCUUCAGCUUCUCCAUCAAGGGCUGCCGGGCCUGCAGGUGCUCCCCGCUGGGCGCCGCCUCGCCCCAAUGCCACGAGAACAGCACGUGCGUGUGCAGGCCCGGCUUCGUGGGCUACAAGUGUGACCGCUGCCAGGACAACUUCUUCCUCACGGCCGACCGGGCGCGGUGCCAGGAGUGCCCGUCGUGCUACACCCUGGUGAAGGCGGAGGCGGCCAAGCUGAAGGCCAGGCUGACCCUGAUGGAGGGGUGGCUGCAGGGCUCUGACUGCGGAAGACCCUGGGAACCAAUGGACUUCCUGCAGGGAGAGGCCCCUCGGGGGGACAGCUACCAGGGCCACCACCUACUGCAAGGAUUCCGGGACGCCUUCCUGGUGCAGGUGACGGGCCUUGAGGGAGCCGUGAAGGCUGCCCGGGAGCAGCUGCAGGCACUGAGCAGGAGUGCCCGCUGUGCCCCAGCUGGAGCUGACAAGACCUGCUUCCAGCUGGCAGACCUGGAAGAGGCCCUGGAGUCCUCGGAGGAGGAGAUCCUGCAUGCGGGCUCCGUCCUCGCAUCUCUGGUGGUUCCCCAGGACGUCCCCGGCCAGCCCUCCAACUGGAGCCAGCUGGCCACGGCGGCCCGUGUCCUCGCCCGGAGCCACAAGGACACAGCUGCCAAGAUCACAGCCACUGCUCAGAGGGCUCUGCGUGCCUCCAACGCCAGUUACACGCUUCUCUGGAGGCUGGUGGAGGGCAGCGAGGCUCUGGAGGCCCAGCGGGAGCUGGAGGACAGGUACCAGGAGGUCCAGGUGGCCCGGAAGGCUCUGGGUGCAGCUGUGGCCGAGGCGCUGCCCGAAGCGGAGAGGGUGCUGGCCGCCAUGCAGCACGCUGGCGCCGACGCAGCCCCCCACCUGACCGCGCUGGCCGCCCCCGCAGCACUGCCUCAGAAUUCCCGGACCCGGGACCUGAGCCGGAGGGCGCAGGCCCUGGAGAGGACGGUCACAUCCAGGGAGCGCGUGGUCACGGAGGCUGCCCGGGCUGUCCAGGCGACCGCCCACACCGCGCUGCACCAGGCCGAGCCCCUCACGCAGCUGCAGCGCGAGGCCAGCGCCGCCCUCACCCGGGCUUCCUCCUCCGUCCAGGCGGCCACAGUGACCGUCAUGGGGGCGAGGACCCUGCUGGCCGACCUGGAAGGGAUGCAGCUGCAGGGUCCCGGGCCCCGGGACCAGGCCACGCUGAGGCGGAAGGCGGGCGUUGUCCGGGGCCGGCUCCUGGUGGACGCAAAGAAGAAGACCAAGCAGGCGGAGAGGAUGCUGGGGAACGCGGCCUCGGUCUCCUCCAGUGCCGCGGAGAAGGGCGAGGAAGCCGAGCUGCUGGCCAAGAGCAGUGCCAAGCUCGCCAGAGCCCUGCGGAAGGAGGGGCAGAAGGCGCGUGGCCGUGCCAGCCGGCUCUCCAGCCAGACCCGGGCAACGCUCUGGCUGGCCUCCCAGCAGGCACUGGCCUCAGGCGCACGGAGGCAGGCGCUGGAGGAGACGGAGCAGGUGGGCGCCGGGCUGAGCACGCUGGAGCAGCAGAUCCGGGAAUCGCGGGCCUCCCUGGAGAAGGACGUCCAGGCCUUGUCCCAGCUGCUGGCCCUGCUGGAGUCGCUGGACACCCAUCGGGCCCCAGCCCGGGCCCUGAAUGAGACCCAGCGGGCCCUGGAGCGCCUGCGGCUGCGGCUGGGCCCACCCGGGGCCCUGCAGGGGAAGCUGAGGCUGCUGGAGCGGGAGUCUGAGCAGCAGGAGCAGCAGAUUCAGAGCUUCGAGAGCGACCUCGCCGAGGUCCGAGCCGACAAGCAGAACCUGGAGGCCAUUCUGCAGAGUCUGCCCGAGAGCUGCGCCAGCUGGCAGUGA